AUGAGCCAAGCUGAUCAAGGGAACAACCCUGAUGCCUCGUCAAACAUCCAUGUGAAGCGCAAACGUGGCCGUCCACGGAAAUAUCCAAAACUAAAUCUGGAAGAGGAUACUCGUGUGCCAAAUGCUCAGAAUCUGAACUCACGUGUGAAUGCUGGUAUUGGUAUUCCUCCUGUUCCUCCUGGAUUUGAUGGGAGGAACGAAUACCAGUCCCAUCAUGUAGCUCCAAAUAAUAGUACAACUGAUGUCAUGGUGGGAACAGUAGUUUCUGGUGUCAUUGAUGGAGCUUUUGAUGGAGGAUAUUUACUUAGUGUUAGGGUUGGCAACUCUCACACCACUUUGAGGGGCGUUGUCUUCAAGCCUGGACGUUACACUUCUGUCUCAGCAGAGAAUGAUGUGGCCCCAGAUGUUCAAAUGAUCAGGCGAAAUGCAAUUCCCAUUCCAGCUGAGAUUUACUCUCAUGCACAUGGUCAGAAAUCUCGUUCUAGAGAUGUCAUCCGCUCUGUUCAUCACGUGGCUUCAAAAGGCAAACAUGUGCCCCCUGUGGCAGCCCAAACUGUUAAUCCACUAUUGUCCAGAGGAAACUUGUUGCCUGUUAUACUGCAACCUCGUAAUAUAUCUAAUGGGGUACCACUCAUCGGUUCAUCAACUUCUGUUGCUCCUCCGAAAAAUGAGUCGAUACCCACUAACCAGGUGCCACUCACCAGUGAGCCAACUUCUGUCGCACCCCAAGCUGCAGAUCUGGCAACUUCAAGAGUUAAACAGGUGCGGUCAGUUCCUCCAUCAAAUGGGUCGAUACCCUCCAACCAGAUGCCAAUAGUUGGAAAUCAGUCUUCAGUGUUCGAAGGUGAACAAAAUGAUGAUGGUACUUGUAAUCAACCACCAACAGAGACGCUAAUUCAGGAAGAAGCCAAAUCAAUGAGACUCCCAGAUAUACCUUUUGAAAAAUUGGUUACUGAGGUAGUUAAAAGGAUUGAUAACCCCUCACAAGCCACCUUACAAUCAACUGAGAUUCACAUUGAGGGUAGCAAGUCAACUGGCAAUGAGAUGGAGAACGAUAUGGAUCAACCCCUAGUAAUUGAGCCUCUGCAAGCCAUACAGCCGAAAGGCCACUCUACACCAGUUUCAAAACCACUGGAGGACAGUAGAAAUGGCAAAAUGUCUGAGCUGUUGCAGGUUUUGCAGGAAAGCAUGAGGGAGAGAGAGGAGCCACAGGCUGAAGUGUCAACCACAGGUCCCAGACAGAAGUUGGAUGAACCAAGUUAA